AUGAUAGGUUUUGUAUGCGGCUGUGGAACCUCCACAACGACCCUUGUGUUCAUCAUUUGCAUUUGGGUUCCAUUUGUUCAAGCCAAGAACAUGUUCUUUGCGAUCUUAUCGACCAUGAUGUUGAUGUUUAAUCUAAAUGAUCAUCAUGAUCGUGAUGAGGACCUCUGGAACAUCGUUUCAAACACCUACACUCUUUCAGCUCUUCGAUUCCGUAACGUAGUUGUCGCAGACAAUAGAGCCGCUAUGAGAGUUGUUAACGACACGUGCACUAUUUGCCUAGCUAAGUUUAGGGACACAGAUACAGUGAGUCAAAUCAACAGGUGUCGUCAUGUAUUCCAUACAUGUUGCAUGGCGAGAUGGAUAAGUGGGGACAACUUCAGUUGUCCACUUUGUAGAUCUAAUAUGUUUGAUGCCGCAUGCUAA